UCAUAAGGUAACCAAGCAUCAAAGUGCCACUUAUUCCUCACUUUGUGUAACCAUGAGCUGCAAUGCUUGCAGAAGUUUUACUCUACAAAACAUUCUUCUUGGACUUUCUGUGACAUUUUUGUUGGUUUCAGUGCAUGGUGGAUUUCUUGUAAAGACCACGAGAAGAAGAAGGGACACUAAGGAAUUGGAGGGGCAGAAUGCCAAUGAAAGCUUAUCCUUGAAGGGGAAAGCCAUGGUUUUUAACCAUGUGUACAACAUCAACGUUCCUUUAGAAUCACUGUGUUCUGUCAGCUUGGAUUCUUCUGCUGGGGAUGGAGUAAAAGUGGGAGAAAAAGAAGCAGCCACACAGUACACAGAGCACACAAUGGAUGCAGAAAACCAGGUGAUUUUCACACAUAAGAUCAACAUCCCAAAACAAGCCUGCGCCUGUCCGAGUUCAAUGACCAUGCAAGAGCUGGUCAAUCGUAUAGAGGUGUUGGAGAGGGAGGUCUCCUUUCUGAGGCACCAGUACAGUACCCACUGCUUUGGAGAAAGUCCAGUCUCAGGUCGGCUGGACUAUGUGCCUCAGUGCAGUGGACAUGGAAAUUUUAGCAUGGACAUUUGUGGCUGUAUUUGUGAGGAUGGCUGGAUGGGAAAAAACUGUUCAGAACCUCGCUGUCCUGAAGACUGCUCUGGCAGAGGCUUAUGUCUUGAAGGUGAAUGUAUAUGUGAUAGUGAUUUCACUGGGGAUGACUGUUCCCAGGAGCGAUGCCCCAACGACUGCAGUGGAAAGGGACUGUGCAUUGAUGGUGAAUGUGUCUGUGAAGAAACUAACACUGGGGAUGACUGUUCUGAAGUCCGUUGUCUCAACGACUGUUCUGACCAAGGCAUGUGUAUUAAUGGAACCUGUGAAUGCAAGGAGGGUCACUGGGGAGAGGACUGUUCACUUCUGACCUGCCCCAACAGCUGCAGCCAAAAAGGUCGCUGUAAGGAUGGCACUUGUACUUGUGAUGAAGGGUAUGUGGGCAGCGAUUGUUCAUCAGUUGCUCAUCCUUUAAAGCUGAAAGUGUCUGCGAUUGCUGAACACGCUAUUGACUUGGAGUGGGAAGGUCCUUUAAUCGUGGAGGAUUAUCUGAUUGCUUACAUGCCAACAACUCCUGGAGGUGUUCAGCUAGAGCUGAGGGUGCCAGGCAACUGGACAAGCUGCACACUUGGUGAGCUGGAGCCUGGUGUUGAAUACAACAUUAGUAUCUACGCCACCUUGGAUAAUGUGCGCAGUGCACCAGUCAGUGUCCAAGUGUCAACAUAUCUCUCGCCUCCAGAAGGUAUACUUUUCAAAUCCAUCACAGAGACAUCAGUAGAGGUGCAGUGGGAGCCAUUUUCAUACUCUUUUGAUGGCUGGGAAAUUAGCUUCAUUCCAAAGGACAAUGAAGGUGGAAUGAUUGCCCAGCUUCCCAGUACGAUGACAUCUUUCAACCAGACAGGGCUAAAGCCAGGCGAAGAGUACACUGUAAAUGUGGUUGCACUAAAGGAUCAAGCCAGAAGUCCUCCCACUUCUGCAGUGGUGAAAACUUUAAUUGAUGGUCCAAGUCAUCUGAUUGUUCGAGAUGUAUCUGAUACAGUGGCCUUUGUGGAAUGGACACCACCAAAGGCAAAGGUGGAUGAAAUCUUGCUGUCUUAUGGACCCCUGGAUGCAAAUGCUCCCCGGACAAUGUUCAGAUUGCAGCCUACUUUAAGCCAGUACUCCUUGCAGGUUCUCCGGCCUGGAGUUCACUAUGAAGUCUCAGUUACUGGCAUUCAGGGAGGAGUUACCAGUGACAGCAUGUCUUAUGUAUUUGCUACGGACAUUGAUGCUCCAAAAAAUCUCCGUGUAGUCUCCAAAAGUUCUAAAUCUCUGGAUCUGGAGUGGGACAAUAGUGAAGCUGAAGUGGAUAGUUACAAAGUGGUCUACAGUACUCUGGCUGGAGAUCAGUAUCAUGAAGUUAUUGUACCACGAAAUGAUGGACCAACCACUAGAGCUGCACUCACAGAAUUAGUACCAGGCACAGAAUAUGGCAUUGGGAUAUCUGCCAGCAUGGGCAGCAACCAAAGUUCACCAGCAACUAUGAAUGCAAGAACUGACCUGGACAGCCCUAUGGAUUUGACUGUGACUGCCUCCACUGAUAAUUCAAUCUCCUUGCAGUGGAGCAAAGUCAAAGGUCCAAUUGACCAUUAUCGAGUCAAAUAUACUGCAUCCAAUGGGCAAGCAGCUGAAGUUCUUGUCCUCCAGAAUGUUUCAGACAUCACACUGACUGACCUGGAACCUGGAACUGAGUACGCAAUAGUGGUUACAGCACAGCGUGGCAGGCAGCAAAGCUCUCCAGUCAGCAUUGAUGCUUUCACAGGAUUCCGACCUGUCACACAGCUGUACUUCUCCGAAAUCACUUCUUCCACAGUGACAGUGGCUUGGAGUUCACCUGCUCCACCAGCUGAUAUGUUUAUCCUCAACUACAAUCCCCAGGACCAUGGUGAAACCUUACAGGUCACUCUAGAAGGCUCAAAAACUCAGGCUAAACUCACCGGUCUGCAACCAUCCACAGAGUAUAUUGUCACAUUGGUCACUAUACAGGGCACUGUACCCUUUGAACCUGUAACGGGCUCAGUAACCACAGGACUGGACCCACCAAGGGAAACAUCGUACUUAAAUGUUACAGAAGACUCAGUCUCGUUAUCCUGGUUACCACCCAUUGCACCAUUUGACUACUACAAGAUGUCCUACCAGUCAUCACGAGGAAGAGUGGAAAAUAUACUGAUUGACAAUCAUAUAACAGAAUACACCGUGAGCAAUCUGCACCCUGCUACAAAAUAUGACAUCAACCUAACUGCUGUACGAGGAAGUCAAGAGAGUGACAUUGUCAGCAUUACAGCACACACAGCUAUGGACAGCAUUCUGGGACUGAAGGUUGUGGAUAUCACUCCAAAUGGAGCUCUGCUUCAAUGGCACCCCCCUCUCUCUAGUGUGGACAACUAUGUUUUGGUUAUAACGCACAAUCAGAUGACAGCGGAUACCAAGAUCGUGGAAGGCACCAGUCGAGAGUAUAAACUUACCAACCUCAUUCCCACUACUACCUACACAGUGGCCAUGUAUGCUACCAAGGGAUCCGUGACCAGUGAAACCAUUAAUACCAAAUUUACUACACCUAUGGAUGCUCCGCAGAACUUGACAGCUACUGAAGUGACCCAUCGAAGCGCCCUAAUUGCUUGGAAGCCUCCAGUCUCUGACAUUGACAACUAUGUGCUCACCUACACAUCUGCUGACCGAAACAGAAAGGAACUGAUCUUGGACGCUGAAGACACAUGGAUCCGGCUGGAAGGCCUCUCAGAAACCACUGAGUAUUCGGUCAGGUUACAUGCUGCUCAUGGUUCUGAAACUAGCGACUCCGUCCUCACCACUUUCACCACCAGUAGUCGUCUCUUUGCAAUGCCCCAGAACUGUGCGCAGCACCUUCUGAAUGGUGAAACCCUUAGUGGCAUUUACACUGUUUACAUAAACAAGGACCCAAAUCAAGGAGUUCAAGUGUACUGUGACAUGACUACCGAUGGUGGAGGCUGGAUUGUAUUCCAAAGGCGACAGAAUGGCUUGACAGAUUUUGCCAGAAAGUGGAAUGAUUAUAAAGUUGGAUUUGGCAACCUGGAGAAUGAGUUCUGGCUUGGACUGGAUAAUAUUCACCGGAUCACCUCUCAAGGGCGCUAUGAACUUCGAAUCGAUAUGCGAGAUGGACAAGAAUCUGUGUAUGCUAAUUACGACCGAUUCUUCAUCGGUGAUGCAAGAAACUUGUACAAGCUCAGAAUUGGAGAGUACAAUGGAACAGCAGGGGACUCCCUAAGCUACCACCAGGGACGCCCAUUCUCCACUAAGGACAAAGACAAUGACAUCGCAGUCACCAAUUGUGCCUUAUCAUAUAAAGGAGCUUGGUGGUACAAAAACUGUCACAGAGCAAACCUGAAUGGAAAAUAUGGAGAGUCUAGGCAUAGUCAGGGGAUAAACUGGUAUCACUGGAAAGGACAUGAAUUCUCUAUUCCCUUCAUAGAGAUGAAGAUGCGCCCAUUCAACUAUCGAAACAUUAGUGAGAAAAAGCGAAGAUCCGCAAGGCUAUAACUUCAGAAUACAACUAGCUGUUUCUAUUUUUAAGGAGUGAAAAAGAUAAAGAUCUGUUGAUUAAGAAGUGAAUUUACAGCAUGGUUUUGCAGAAAAGGAUAGAAGUAUAAAAAGGGAAAUGAACUAAGGCUUUAACAACAUGAGGAUUUAGAGGGAAGGUUUUUUUUUCUAUGCUUUCUUUUUCUCCUUUUAGCUUAUUCGUGUCUAAUUACUGGCAUAGAGUUUGUAAGAAGCAUAGCACAUAUGCUUUUAGUUGAUAACUAUUGUUUUUUAAAACAGGUACUGUAUCUUGAUUUUGUAACUAUCAGAUUUCCUAACUCCAAUCACAUGUUUAGUUGAGAAUGGAAUUUAUUUAAUUUGUGACAAGGUUAUUUCAUAUUAACAGUUCCAUGGUCACCUUCUGCUGUACUUUUACCAUUUCACAGCUUCAACCUAAUGGCUACUCAGUAAAACCUGUUGCACUUACCUUGCCACCAUGUCACAUGUUUCUCAAUUGUUACUUUAACCUUCAGAAGCAAUAUCGUACACUGUUUUUUUUUAUGGCAACUAGGUAGGCCACAUUCACAUUCAUCAAUUUUAACAUUUAUAAAUUGCAUUUACUUUUUUUCUUUUUUAAAAUAUUUAUUUUAGUAGAAUUCCCUCUACAUUGUUUGUGUAAGCAUUUCCAUAAGCAUUUAUAAUGUUCUGGACAUAGUUUAGUCAAUGAUUUGUCUCCCUUACUUAAAAUUAGAAAUUAUUUAAAAUUGGCUUGCAUCAGAAGUGAAUAAUGCAGUAAGCUUUAGGAUUUUGUAUGAUAAGAAUAUAAAAUAUAUGCAAGAGGAUUCUGCAUGUUUUUUUUUUUUUUUUUUUUUUAUAUAUAAAUAAGCAGACUCAGUAAUAGGCUGGGGUUCCAUCCCAAGCAAAGUCACCAAGACCUGGGUUGGUAUUUGGCACUGUGCAGUUCCGUAUGGGAUAAAAUGAGAUUAGGUAGGCUUGUCAUAUUAUGUGACUAUUUCACUCUCCUCUUUUUCAGCAUAAAAAUAACUGGCAGCAGCAAAGGUAACUGUGGGUGAUGGCCAGUAAGCUAAUGCGAUCACUAGGGGGUAUCUCAAAUCCACAAACACCACACAGAGCUGCCACAGACACAUUCCCAGGUUACAGUACCUUAAGAGGUUUGUUAUGUCAGUUCAGCACAAUACAAUACAGCUAAGAUGCUUUAUCCAUCUCCUUCUACUCCUCUUUAGCGAGUGUCAUCCUCUUCCUUCUGACUCUUAGAGUGAGGUGAGACACCUCCUUUUAUGUUGGACCCAGGAGUACCUUUAAUGCCACAGGUUUGCAUGACAAAAGCACUUCUGGGCCAUAUGGAAGAUGCACAAAACAGGGAGGUCCUCUCUUGACAGCACCCUCUGGUGGCACCCAAUGACCCCGGCAGGGUCUGAACUACAAGUCCCAGGCAACCCUGUUGGUGUCCAAAAUGCGACCAAGUCAGAGGAGCACUUCCACCUCUUCUACUGGGGGCUGAAUUGUUCUUGAUGUAAGGUCUUCCCCAGUCCAUUCAUUCUCUGUUCACCUCAACUAUGAAAAGAGUUAAAAACCAUCCUGGCCAGGUUACACUUCCAUUCAUGUUGUCCUUCCAAAAAGGCCUCUAAGCCCGUCCAUCUGCUAUAGCAUUCACUUUAACAAGGAGAAUGCACUACACUUCUUACAAAGAACUGGCCACACAUUGACAUCCCAUUACUUUGAUAAUGCAACUUAUCUAUAACAUCUUAAGAAAAUAUUUAUUAGAUCAGUAUUCUUCUGUGCUCCUCUAAGCAGGACUAGUGAAGCAGGUUUUACAGAUGGAGGAAAUUACUGUGUUGGGAACUUUUCUCUUAAAGGUCUGCAAGUACUACUAUUGUAUAGGAGGAUCACCCCCAAUAAUAAUGCCUAUUUCCGUAUUUCAUUUUAAAACAGUGAGAAUCCAAAAUUCUCUUUUAAUAUUAGUGCCACCAUAAGUGUCCACUUGUAAAUCAAAAAAUAUAAAUAAGGGGCAUUAGUUUAGAGAUGGCAACCAUAUUCUAGGUGUUGUAAAGGUAUUUUUCAUGCAUCAGUGGAAAUGAAUAACUCCUCACCUCUGAGCUGUACACAUGAAUUUUGUAUAUCUGACUUUCUUAGCACAUCAUUAAGUCCACAUGAGAAUCAUUUUGCAAUGUUUAAAUAAACAUCUGUUAUCUGUUUGAAAUAGCCUUUAUAUUAUACUUUUAGUUAGCGAUGAAACAACCAAGUCUAGACACUGUCCGUGUGAAGUGUCCACCUUCUUUACAUACCCAGGUUUCUUAAAACAUCCUAGAGACCUGAUUGAGGUUACAAAUGUUAAAUAAAUAAAAACAUAACAUAUUCAAACCCAGGUAAUCCAGUUCAGGAGAUGGGGAGUUGGGCAAAAGUGAGAAUGCAGUCCGUCUCAUGGCCCAUUCAUGUACACCUCCACACAGGGACUGAGACCAGUUUAGAAUUUGCAGUUAACCUAGCCUGUAUGUUUUUGGGAAUAUGGGAAGUAUACUGGAGUACCCAAAGGAAAACCCACACAGACAUGGCAAGAACAUGCAAACUUCACAAGAACUACAUCUGGGCACAGCUCAUGACAUUUGGUCUGUGAGUACUACCACCCUAGGUAGUAUUUAAUGUAUAUUUAACUAAUGUUACCCUUGAUAACUGUUUUAUAGCAGGUACGUUAUACACACUUCACUUGGUAAAUUGUUACAGUUUGUUCCCUGUUUUUAUUUAUCAAUUGACAUAUGUUCAUUUUUAGCAAGACUGGUGACCAGUGGCACUAAACCAAAGACUCAGAAAUUAAGUAAGAAGAACAAAAUGCCAGAGUGAAUAUCAACUAUUUAAAAUUAGCAGUGUUCCACUGAUCUUUUUUAUUCCUUCUUAGAACUGACAGGAAUGUUUAAAAAUAACAAAGCCAUCAGAUGUCUUAUUGGUCAUGGUGGUAUUUAUAAAAAAAAAAAAAGAUUUUAGGCCAGGAUGCUUUUAUUUGACUAAAGUUGUGAUAUAUUGUGUGCUAGCUGGAUGCUUAAACACAUAAUGCAGUGCAUCACUUCAUCUGUUUUCUUGUCUCAAGCAGGACUCCUGAUUUUCUAUUGCUUUGUUUUUAAUCUUGGACUGUUUGUAUGAAAGGUCCAUGUCUUAAUUUAAGGGGUGCUAAAAUCCAGACCUGUAGUACUAGACUGAAACUGAGUGGCAGCAUAAUUUGUGCCUUCAGAAUUUUGGCUCGUCUAUUCAAAUUUUCUAACUGAACUUUCCACUGUUUUUCACUUGAAUGCAUCUUUUAGUUUUUAGUGUGAUGUGUUUGAAAAAAAGUGGCCAAAUUAAAAUCCCGUGUUUAACUGCUGUAGAGUUUUAAAUGGCAAGCUUUUACUUCUUUAUUUUUUUAUUUCAGCAUCACAUUUCAUCAGUUUAAAAAUAUAUAUUACAGUUUUAGUAUGGGGAAUUCUUAUUUACAUUUAGCUACAGAUGAUCCAACUGAAAUCAUGCUUAACUAGUAAUUAUCGUGAAUCCAAAAAAUUUCAUGGCAUUUAUUAUUUCCUCAGGUGCUAUUAGUAGUACUGCAAUUUAAAUUUUUAAAAAGUGUUACUGCCAUUUCUUGAUGGACAACAGUAUAGUAUUAAAUAAUCAAUUUCCUUUUUACUUUUCAUAUACUCAUUUGUAGAGAUAUUUACUGCUGACCUGUGUGUGGCAAACAGAGAACAAACAUUUGUCUGCGGGUGGCAUGCUUAUCAUCUUCUGUUUGUACACCUGCUAAGGUCUGUGUAGUUGUGGUAAUGUUCUGCGACAUUACACAUAAGCAAAAUUUCCAGGUUGUGAAAAGUAUGAAGGGACACACACCCAAGAGCAGCUGCUGCUUGAGGGCAAGUGGAAGGGAACAGAAACUUAGUUUGGGGCAGUGGGAAGAUGCACAUCAAGCAUGCAAAAGGGACCAGAUCGACAAAAUCGCUCACGAAGCAAUCAAAGCACUCAUUAUAUAACAUCUGUAAAAAGUAAGCUUGGUGAUCCGAACCAUUACCAGCGUAAAGUCUAACGGCUCUUUCAAAAACUGCAGGGUGCAGUGCACAUGUAUCUCUAAGGUUUUAAGAAGUCUUCUUACACCUCACUGGCAUAAGGUGGCUUGUCUUUAUCAUUUGUUCAUGAAGAUUAACUGCUUCUCUCUUAAAGUCAUAAAUAAUGAAAUUCCUGGUCAGUAACAUCAUAUGAUGCACACUUAUAUUAUUUAAUAUGGGGUUACUGGCAGGAAUGUGUACCACUGUGCUAUUAAAGAAAACUUAAUUGAAGAGAAAUUUUCCAAAUGUCACUCAGAAAACUCUUCAUGGAAUAUGAUGGCACAGACGCACUACAGUUAACGAUAUUGAUAAAGAACUUGAGGGACUCUCUGUAUGCAUGAAGGCUGCAUGUUCCUUCAGUGUCGCUCUGGGUUUUCGCUGGAUUCGUCCCAAUAUCAGUUUAGCUGGUAGUUCCACAUUAGACUGAAUAUGGCCAGCAAUUUCUGAAUCCAAGUUUGAGUUCCUGUAAGUGUGCAUUCUGGGUGUACUUUACAUAUUUCUUCCAUAUAUUUAUUUACUGUGGGGUUUCUUCCCCUUCCUAAUGACCUGCUGUAAAGUUGAUUCAAGACACUAAAUUGUCCUGGCAUGAGUAAGCGUGGCGCUAUGUGAUAGUGCCCUGUUUACUGUUGCUUCCAUGACAGGCUCCAACUAACCUGAAAUUGACAAUAAUUCUUAUAAAGUAUUUUUAUAGGUAAAAUAUGAAUAAUAAUAAGGUAUAAGUUCAUAUGCAUUCUCAAAACUCACUGAACUUUUUCAUUUCAAAACAAAGUCUAACAGAAUAGCUGAAUUUCAGAAAUGUUCUCAUCAGUUACAGAUUAAUUAAAUGCCACCAUGUACAACACUCUGCAUGAAAAACCUUAACUACAGCCAUCACUAUAUGUCCAUCCAUCCAUCCAUUAUCCAACCCGCUGUAUCCUAACUACAGGGUCACUGGGGUCUGCUGGAGCCAA